AUGACGCUGCGAGGGAGGGCAGGGUUCAAGUUGUGCGCGCCGUGCAGGGUCUGGUGCGCAGCGUUGUUCCCGCUCUUCGCCGUUGCUUCGACAUCGACCAUAGUGACAUCGACCAUGAGCGAAAUGGCAACCACUGAGUCAACCACUGAGUCAGAUUCAGCCGAGUCAACAGCGAAGACUUCGACAGACUCCCCACCCAGGGUCUUUCAAUGUGAUGCGCUGUCCAUUCUCGGCCACAGCCACGAUGUCACGCUGCAUCGAUGCACCGGUGGAACUUGCUAUGCGACGGACAUGAUCUCAACCUGCGGGGGAUACGGAACUCAAUGCUGCGCACCCCGGAUCAGUUUGUGCUCCUCCGGCGCAACAUGCUUCGCCACAGCGCAGAUUGAUACCUGUAUGCCUUGGGCCGCCUGCUGUGCUCCCAAAGUUACGACGUGCUUGUCCCCUUCGUGCAGCACAGACUUUCCUGCUUGCAUGGAGACCUAG